UUACACGCUAGAUCAGCGUCGCAGACAAUCUCGACGACCUUCCUACUUCAAUAGUUUAUCAUUACUAUCCACGCUGAGCUGUUGGACUCUGAUUCUCAGUGUUUUGUCACAGCUCGCGACCAUGUCGUCACCUCCCACGCCUGUGCGCACCUCUUCAGAGGCCAGCAGCGACACUAUGGGCCUCAGCACCACGAUGGGCUCUGCGACAAGCUUAGCCACACCCGUCGACUCUGCACCCACGUCGCCCUCUCCAUCCGUGCUAAAUGUCCCCGUACAGAGCAAGAGCUCCGAAUCAACCUCAAAGCCCCGAGUUGCAGCCCAGGAUCGUCGAAGUGGACCUUCAGGUCACCGCUUCGCUACCACAUGCGCCACUGUGGACGACCCCAACCACAAGGACCAGUAUGGCUCCUCCAGCACCCCCAUUUACAUGAGCGCCACUUUCAAGGGUCUCCCCGGAGCCGAGUUUGAUUACUCUCGCAGUGGGAACCCCACCCGAAGCAUGCUGCAGCACCACUUGUGUCAGCUGCAAAAUUGUCGAUACAGCUUUGCUGUCAGUUCCGGCAUGGCCUGUCUGGACGUGAUCACGCGCUUGCUCAAGGCUGGAGAACGCAUCAUCGCAGGUGAUGAUCUCUAUGGGGGCACGAAUCGUCUGCUCACCUAUCUUGCCACGCACGGGGACAUCAAGACGGAUCAUGUGGACACCACUGAUGCGGACAAGGUGCAAGAGAUUCUCGAACGACGUGCGGCCGAGUCCGCUCGCGGUGAAUGCGGCAAGGUGAAGAUGGUUUUGUUGGAAACGCCUACCAAUCCCCUCCUCAAGAUCUGCGACCUCGAGCGCUGUGCACGCGCUGCCAAACGCUUUGCUCCGGAAGCCAUUGUUGUGGUGGACAACACCAUGAUGAGCCCAUACCUCAUGCGCCCCCUCGAGCUGGGCAUCGACGUCGUCUACGACAGUGGCACCAAGUAUCUUAGUGGCCACCAUGAUCUCAUGGCUGGUGUCAUUGCGUGUGAUCGCGAGGAUGUCGGCAAGCAAAUCGCAUUUACAGUCAACUCUAUCGGCAAUGCGCUCACCCCAAUGGACUCUUUCCUUCUGCUGCGAGGCAUCAAGACGCUCGCCGUUCGUAUGGAUAAGCAACAGACUUCUUCCAAACACGUCGCGCAAUAUUUGCACUCUCUGGGUUUCAAGGUGAAUUACCCAGGUCUGGCUUCACACCCAGGCAAGGACAUUCACGAUCGCCAAGCAUCAGGACCGGGUGCUGUGCUGAGCUUCGAGACUGGGGACAAGGAACUCUCUGAGCGUAUCGUCGGUGCGACUCGAUUGUGGGGCAUCAGCGUCAGCUUCGGCUGUGUCAACUCGCUCAUCAGCAUGCCAUGCCUCAUGAGUCACGCCUCCAUCGAUCCUAAGAUCCGCGCGGCUCGCCGCUUGCCCGAAGACCUCAUUCGCCUGUGCGUCGGCAUUGAAGAUUGCAGAGACCUCAUCGAGGAUCUGGAAGCGGCCCUGCUCCAAGCUGGCGCUAUCAAGAGGAAGUCGCAGCUGAGCAGUGCGGCUUCCACGCACACGGGUCAAUCCACAGCCGAAGGGCAUGUGGCUGCAGCGGCAAACUUUGAGCGGAUCAUCAGCAGCGAAGCCGACGAACCAGUUGCAAGUCUCAACUCAGGGUUGGCUACGGCGUCGCUCGAAACACGCGGCGGGGAUCCUUUGCAAGGUCUCCCUGCAAGCUCUCCCGCAGACGCUAAUUCGGCUGCCAUGGCAGCAGCGGCGCCUGCCUCUUUGCUUGUCAGCGCGCCCGGAAAAGUGAUCCUCUUUGGAGAACACGCUGUGGUUCACGGAGUCACGGCCAUAGCUGCGAGCGUGGCGCUGAGAUGCUAUGCGCACGUUGCCUCACGCGCCGACGCGAAGGUGAGCCUGACCUUACCUGAUCUAGGCACCGAGCAUACUUGGGCUCUCGACGAACUGCCCUGGGACCUGGCACCCAGCGUUGCGAGCUGGCGCGGCGUUCACAAGACUCCGGAGACACUCAACGAGCUGCUGCAUCAUGCUCUUGAGACCCUUGUUGGUGCCGUGGCGGAGGAGAGUGAGAGAAGCCAUGCCGCCAGCGUUGCCUUCUUGUACUUGUACCUCUGCAUUGCACCCAGAAGCAAAGCUACCGGUCAAGCGUUUGUGCUUCGCUCCACUUUGCCUAUUGGCGCUGGGCUAGGAAGCAGCGCUUCGCUCUCUUCCUGCAUCGCAUCAGCCCUGCUCGUCACGCACGGCCGCAUUGCUGCUCCCACGCCUGGUUCGGUGAUUUCGCGCUCGGCAUCUGACCUGAUCAAUAGCUACGCAUUCCUCUCGGAGAAAGUGAUUCAUGGCAACCCUUCCGGCGUCGACAAUAGCGUCGCUACUCACGGAGGAGCGCUGGCAUUUGCUCGUGCGAGCUCGAGGACGGGACGCAGGCAGAAUGAAUUGCGAUCCUUGCACGGCUUCAAGAGCUUCAGGUUCCUUCUUACCGACACAAGGGUCGGACGUGACACGAAGAGCCUGGUUGCUGGUGUGGGCGCGAAGCUGACGGCUGACCCGCAAGGCAUUGGAGCGACUUUGACAGCCAUUCAGGCCAUUGCGGACGAUGCUGAGAACGUGCUUGGAUCGUCGACCAGCCGACAGGCGCAAUUGAGCUCGCUCGCCCGCCUCAUCGACGAGAACCACACGCACCUGGUCAGUCUGGGCGUGAGCCAUCCGGCGCUGGAAACGAUCAAGCAGACCACUGCCGGUGCGGGCCUGUCGACGAAGUUGACGGGCGCGGGCGGAGGCGGAUGCGCAGUCACUUUGGUACCUGACGAUUUUGAAGAGAUCAAGCUUCGACAAUUGGUCAGCAAGCUGGAGGGCCAAGGGUUCACGUGCUACGAAACGUUGGUCGGUGGACCUGGCGUCGGUGCACUGUCCCCUCACAGCGCCGUGCAAAGCUCCAACGACGGUCAAGCUGCAAGAGAGGCGCUGAUCAACUCUUCGCCCGAGGCUCUGACUGCUUGGGCCGACAAGGCUGGAGCGUGGAUACACUCUGACAGCUAGACUGGCCUGCCUAGUACUUUUGAAUGUAAUCAACGACUUUGAGAGCAGGAUCGAUUGCCACAAAUAUUUGUAGCCUCGUUGUUGAACCAAGUUGAAUUUGUCAAGUCCGAAGGUCC